UUCCACCAUCCCGGGGAAAAAAGGAGGCGCCGGAGGUCGUGGCAUCGCUCUCCCUCCUCGGCGGAGCCAUGGAGCUGCUCUGCUGCGAGCGGGCCGCGGCCGCCACGAGGCGCGCCGCGCCUGACCCCAGCCUGGUGCGCGACGAGCGGGUUUUGCGCAACUUGCUGGCGGUCGAGGAGCGCUACCUGCCCAGCUGCUCCUACUUCAAGUGCGUGCAGAGGGACAUCCAGCCCUUCAUGCGGAGGAUGGUGGCCACUUGGAUGCUGGAGGUCUGCGAAGAACAGAAGUGCGAGGAAGAGGUGUUCCCCUUGGCUAUGAAUUAUCUGGACAGGUUUCUAGCUGUGGUGCCCACCCCCAAGUGCCACCUGCAGCUUUUGGGCGCCGUGUGCAUAUUCCUGGCCUCCAAGCUGAAAGAAACCAUUCCCCUCACGGCAGAGAAACUUUGCAUAUAUACAGACAAUUCCGUCAGACCUCAAGAGCUCUUGGAUUGGGAGCUGGUGGUCUUGGGGAAAUUGAAGUGGAAUCUUGCUGCGAUCACCCCCCAUGACUUUAUCGAACACAUCCUACGGAAGCUGCCUUUCCCUCGAGACAAAGUGCUUUUGAUCCAGAAGCAUGCACAAAGUUUUAUUGCUCUGUGUGCCACAGAUUUUAACUUUGCCAUGUAUCCGCCAUCAAUGAUAGCGACGGGGAGUGUGGGAGCAGCUGUCUGCGGCCUGCAGCUGGACGAGGGAGAAAGUCUUCUCUCUGGUGAUGUCUUAACAGAACUCUUGGCCAAAAUCACAAACACAGAAGUGGACUGCCUGAAAGCAUGUCAAGAACAGAUCGAGUCAGUUCUAGUAAGCAAUCUUCAGGAAGUCCCACAGCCCCCAGGCGAUGCUUCAAAGACCAUGGAUGAGCUGGAUCAGUCCAGCACUCCCACCGAUGUGAGAGACAUCAACCUGUGAAGACGUCACCAUGGAAAGUUGCAUCCCACCAGGCCCCCCCCCUUUUUUGGCGUUAAAUCUUCUCUCACACACACAGGCACAUUUCUAUUUUAAAAAUGUUCCCACAGAAUGUAUUUGAAACUUUUUAGAUCUUAAAAGAGCACCAAAGGCAAAAUCCAUCGGGAAAUUCCCCUGCACAAGCCCCGCUGAAAUGAAGCUUGUGCUUUCAGUGGGCUUCUGCAAGGAAACAUCCAAGGAAACAUCUUGUGGGCUGUGGUCAACUGUGAUGGAUUUUAUGUGUGUAUUUGUGUGUGUAUAUAUAUAUAUAUUCAAUGCCUAUGAUGUGCAACAGAACGAAAUUCCACAACAAUAUAUUUUAUAGUUGCUGUUUCGAUUAUGAACUGGUGGCAAGAGAAGCUUCUAAAAGCAUUCCAGUAGCUAGACUCUGCUCUCUGCAGGAACAAAAUAGAGAAUACUUUUAAAAAAAAAACAACGAGCAUUUUACGACCUAGUGCAUACCCUCCUUCCUUUCUCACUCUUACGAAAGGAAUAACGUAAAUUAUUUUUAAUGGCUAACUUGGAUCGCAAAAUCGAUAGUUAUAAUAUGAGGGAGCAGGAUGUAUGCGUGAGUGGGAAAAGAAAAUGGGGGGGGGAGAUUCUUGAAGCGGUUGAGUUUUGGGGGUAGAAAAGAUAUUUAGGGUGCAGGGCAUGUGUGCUCUUUGUGGAAGCACACACUCAUUUCGAUGCGGUACGAACAAGAUUUGGCCUUGAUUUAUCUGCCGCCUUGAUUGGUGUUAGUUUUUUGUUGGCUAUUGUUCUUGGUUGGCAGGUUGUACCUAAGGAAGUGGUGUUGUUUUUGCAGACAUAUUGGUGGGGCUUUGCCUGUUUAUGUCCCCCCCUCCCGAAUAUAUACACAUACCCCAUAUAUGGAAAAGAGUAUAUCUGAUGCUUUUAAACACAGCAGUCUCUUUGGCAGAAGUGUGAGAUUCCUUAUUCAGCCGUGGGCCAGGCUAGAAUAAUUAACUUUCAAGUUACAACUGAAAAGGAAGCUCUUUUGCAUUAUUCUUUUACUGUUCCCACUUGCUUCAACAGGGCUCGGGCAGGAGGACUUCCCACUGGAUGUUGCCUUUGUUGUGAGCCCAUAUAGUUAGCUAUUCUGCCAUGCAUUAGUAUACAGUGCUUCGAGCAGUCCGUGUAUUGUGCUUUAUGAGUAGUAAUACUGCUUAUAAUAGGGAUCCUUGCUGUCUGGCAGAACACAGUAUGUAUUCUGUGCAUGCAUACACUGUUGGUGGAUUCAUGGCCAAAUUGGUAGGAUGGUGUCAGCCUAGGACUGAAAGCUACCCUGGGGUAUACUGGUUUUUCCUGUGGGCUCACGGUGUGAAGCAGAAAAAGGCACCACUUUAAAAUGACUAGUCAGCAAAUGAGUAGAGAUGUGUUGAAGCCACAGGGAAAAAUACCCCCUCCCCCUGGAAAAAAGGAAAUUUGAGGGAAUAGUAGGGAAAAAUUGGGAUAUAUGCAAACCCUGCUUUUUAAAUGACCCUAAACUUAAAAUGUUGAUCGCUUAACAAUAUGAAAUGCACCACUUAGAAUUGCAGCAUAUAGAGUUUUAAUUAUUGUCUUAGUUUUCUGCAAGCAAAAUUGCUAAUAUUUCUUAAACUAAAAGAGAGAACUACAAAUUGCCAUUCCCUAUGCUACUGGAGUGCAGGUAUAUUAGUUUUCAACAUCUAAGACAGAAAAACUGGAAGCAGCACAGCCAGAUAUUGCAUUAACUUUUCAUUGUAGAAAACAUUAGACUCUUCAGUGAUGUAUAUCCAUCACACUCAUUGGGUUGAAGCCAGCCACCAAAAAGGCUAUGCUGGGGAUCAGGGGACUUGCAUGGACAAAAGCCAUGUGGGACUGGAGCUAUAAUAAUAAGAGGAAUUGGCUGAGAUUGAGCAGAGAAGUUGAUUGGAUCCAAUCCGUAGCCUAUUAAUUGUGGACAAAGUUAAACAAAUAUAUCCUUGACAAUAUUGUGUAUGUCUACAGCUUGCAAAAGAAUGAUUUUCUGCUGCUAUUAUCUUGAUUGAGUAAAAUAUUGUCUCAAAAAGCAUUUCACUCGCUCCAAAAGAGCGUUCCCGAGGGGUUUUUUAGUGCUCUCCAAAAUUUCCAAUACUUCCAUUGAAAAAUUGAAGAGAAGUUUGGAGAGGGCAAAAAUGGGCCCACAUAUCUCUCUUCCGCCCCCUCAGCCAAGACCUUCACAUCUCUACUAAUAGACUGUUUAACAACUUUGCACUCCAAGGCCCUGAUUCAGCUAUAGUUGUGGGUCCUCAGUUUCAUGUCGUGGCUGGUAGCUCCAACGGAAGAGGUGAAUUUUCAUAUGCAUCAAAAGAUGUAUUAUUGGAUGAACAUACCAUGCUUGUUCAAAGGACAGAUUCUGAAUUAAUACAUCCCUUGCAGCAUUAAGUCAUAAGGGUAUAGCUGUCUUGGUUUUAUCUGAUACAUGUAUAUGUAUAAAUUUGCAUGCAAAUUGUUUUGUACAAGAAUAUACUUUGUUUUUAGAUGGUGCAUGCUCAUCAUUCAAGUAACACCCUGCCAGUCUUCCUUUAAAAAAAAUCUUUGGUUUAUUUUGAACUUUCAGAAAGUCAAAAAAGAGAGAUUGCAGGCUCUUGUGGUCUUUCUUCAUUUUUUGACACAACGUUCUGCUAUGUUAAAAGGAGAUGCUGUUUGAUCUCUUUCCCCCUACUCUGCUUCUCCCCAGUCUUCCUGGAAAAGGUAUUUCUAUUUUUUUUUAGCUUUUGUAGUCCACAGUUAGCAUUAUUAUAAACCAUUUCAUUCGAAAAGCACUUUGAAAACCUAUUCCUAAGGGAGAAAAAAAAAUGAAAUGGCUUAUGACAUGCGCUGAGCAAGGCAAGCCACAGAUCUCUAAAAUUACGUGUAUAUAUAUCUCCUCCUUUGGUAUUUUGUGUUCCCAAUGAGUUGUGAAGUUGCUUGAAUUUCCAGACACCUGCUUCAGGUGACAUUCCCAUCCCAACAUUCCAAAUGGAAGUCAUGACAGAUGACAAAUCUGGUCACAGCAAGAUCUUAAUAUUGCCUGUGAGCUUACCUAUGAACAGUGAAAGACAAUUGCUCCUGCAAAACACACACACAGGCAGCAAACAUCAAGUUGCGUGAUUUUUAUCCUUUGGUUUUUUUAUUAUUAUUAUUACUACUACUACAAGAGUGUAUUCAGUGUACUUGAAUUUUUAGUUUCCUGCUCUAUCUGAUUUUUUUUUAAGCUUUUAGUUUGGCAAAAGAGAUGAGGCAAGUGAAAUUUUUUUGCACAAUUAUAUUAACAGUUUUUGAAUAUACAGUGUGAAGUUGUUGGAUGAAUUGUUAACCAUUGCAUUUUUAAAGGUAAAAUGUUCUGCGAGAGAAUGCACGAUAACUCUAAAGAGCCUUUAGCGAAUGGACUCUUGGCACGUUUUUUGGCUAGUCAAGGAUAAGAAAAACGGAGUAAGAAUCUAAGGGGGGAUUAUUUUGCGCUGCUAAAAAGCUACAAUUUGUUUAAUUCUUCACAUUAACAGUACUUAGCUGUAUUGUUUCACUGAGUGUGCUGCUAUUUUAUAAACAUUUUUAUAAUAUAUUACUGCUUAAAUUUUCAAAUCCUCAAGUAAGUGGUUAAGUGGAAAUAUGCUGGGUUGCUUUGAUUUUACUGGAAAAUGCCUGCACAGUUUCUCCCUCCUCAUACAGUGUGUUAUUUUAAUUUCUUAUCACUUCCUGCUCUAUUUUACCUCAGGUUUACUGGACAACAAAUUGAUUUCCAUUUUUACAUUACCUCACAACUUUACAGUUUUCCACAGAGAGCCACACAGAAUAGUUAAUGGAAAAUGCAUCUGGGGCUGAUGUUUUCCCAAAGGAAAGUGCUCUGGCUUCAGCUGUGAAUGGGGAACAUGCCUUUUUGUAAUUUGGCUCUCUCGUGGACUUUGGUUAUCCUUACCAUAGUGGGAAAAAAUGCAGUAAUAUUGAGAAUCUGGAAGAGAGUCAUACUCCCAUUAAAGCCUGAGAAAAUAAAGAGAUUUUAUGGUGAAUUGCAGUGUCAGGGUACAAUUCUUCAAAAGUGUGCUUGAUUGAAAUGGAGGGGAUUUGUGGAAGGGAAAUACUUAGGAUGGGGGUCAGCAACCUUUUAUUAAGAAAGAGCCACUUGUGUAACUCAAAAUAUACAGUUCGACAUAACUGACAUGUUGAUUAAUAAUCCGUAACGUUUCUGCACCCUAACUGCUGGUUGUCAGGAGUCAUGUAUCCUUUACUUUUAGUAUUUCACUACUUUGACCAAAGGUCUUGGAUCAACGCCGAAACAGAUAUAAGAUAAACAUUAAAAUGCAGCAUGGCAAAUUAAAACACAUCUCUGUAACGGCAUGGAGAAUCCCCAAGUGCUAGAAAUUGUUAUUUCCAAAGUGGUGUCUGUUAACAAAAAAGAGACCAUGCGGGAUUUGACAGGCAACUGGUAUUUACUCAGGAUAAUCCAAAGGUCUUUGAGUGGAGUCCAUUGAUCACAAAAUAAGAUGAAGUGGAGUGGUAUUUCAGGAAUUGGCACACACACUAGGUCUCACAAUAAGCAAUACACACAGGAGCACUUUGUGUGGUUGUUUUAGUGCACUGUGUGUGUAGUUUACACUAGGAUUACUGUAAAUCUGUGUGUGGUUUACACUAGGAUUACUGACAACUGUUCAGCAUUUCCCUUUCUGUAAAGGAUCUUUCAGAAGUCUUUUAGUCCUAGAAACAUUUGCCUGCCAUUUGUACCGAUUAUUGUAGCAUCCCACCUACCCCCUCCAAUAUAAUUUACCUUAGAAGAUUUCAUUUUCUGUUUUAAAGAGCCACAUUUGGCUCUGGAAUCAUUAAUUGCAGGUGAACGUGUUUCAAAUUAUCCUACCUUUUUGCAUACCUGUAGUCAUUUCUGCUAAUGGGGACCAGUCAUCCCUGUCCAAGCUCCAUCAAAAUGAAUGGGAACUGAUUAAAGCUCUUUUAAUGAGCAUACAAGCCUACCCCAUUGAAAUUAAUUGCACUUGAGCAGAAGUUCCCAGAGGAUCAUGCCCAUAAUAGAACACAAAAUCUCUUCCUUAAAGUAACUGGACACAACCAAAUUCCCAACAGAAUCACCUUGCAGAUUGUAUUUUUUCCCACUGUGGUUAUCAUUUACCUCAGAAAUCACUGACAGUUGCACAAUCUCUGUUCUCAACUUUUUUUUUCAAUUUUGCUUUAACAAAAUGUGAUGCCAUAUCAGUUCAAUGUUACUCUCACAAACUUGCUGUGUUUAAGAGGUAUGGACAUUUUUUAUAUGGUCAGGGUAAGCUAGCAGAUGUGUAUAAACAUGAUUGGGUGUAUAAAAAUGUAUUUAGCAAGUAUGUGAGACUCUUGCUUGGUUUUUGAUGGGUAAGAACACUGUAAUCUCUUCUGAUUACCUUCCAAACGGUCUUAUCUGUUCAAUCUUCUGUGUUAAUAAUCAGGUAUUUUGACUAGUUACGAGAAGGUUUAUAUGCAAUGUGUUUUUGGCAGGAUUAGCUAUAUCGUAUGGACAUUAAACUCACCUUGACCCAAUCAAUCUGGUUUUUCUUUUUUUAAAUUCAUGUUUGUGUGCUUUUGUGUCAGCAUCUAAAAUAUUCAGCACCUAAAA